AGCAUAUUUGUGUUUGUUGCUUGUCCUGUGAUUUAAAUUGGGUAAAAGUUUGUUUUCUACAAUUGUGAUGUUUAAGUCGAACUUAUCGUCAAGCAUAUCUGGCUGGUUCGCCAACACAUUCCAACCGACAAGUGAAGAUAAAGAAAAUGAAGAAAUAAAAGAAGAAAAUGAAAAUCAAACUGAGAAAGAAGAAAAACCAGUUGAUAGUUCGGUUGAAAACAAAGAAAGUGAUUCAACACCUGAUGCAGAUGAUGAUUCAAUAAACAAAGAUGAUGCAACUAAAGAUGCUGCCUUGUAUUCUGUGAUCGAUUUUAAAGCUGAAGAAGUGCAGAAGAAGUUAGCAGAGGAAACUCAAAAAGUUAUGUCUUCUGCGAUGUCACUUGGAAAUUACUUAUAUGGUGUUGCAUCGGUUGCAUCGAAGAAAGUUACAACCACAAUGAAUGAAACUGCUGUUAACCUGAAAAAGACAGUUGAAGAAAAGACAAUUUUAGGAGAUUUGAAUCGUGAGCAAAAAGAAUUUAUUCAAAAAAAGAGAGAACUGAAAGGUGAUUUAGAUGCUCUGCCCCCAUGGUGUGGCUAUCAAGAGGAGGAAAUAAUGAAAAAACAAAUUCUGGCGCUCUCAACGGAUACCAGAAACUUUUUACGAAGCCCGCCCUCCGGUGUUCAGUUUAACUUUGAAUACGAGCAGUCGUAUCCGGUUGCCAUGGCCACGCUAAAAGAAGAUGAAAAUUUAAAGAAAAUGAGAUUUAACCUCGUGCCCACAAAAGUGAAAGAAGAAAUGUUUUGGCGGAAUUAUUUUUACCGAGUUUCGUUGAUCAAACAAUCCGCCCAACUGUCCACCCUCACCGACCUCCAGAAGUCGGAUCCUUCAUCUUCCGCUUCAUCUGCAUCAUCUAUAGUGAUGGUGGGGAGCACCGCAACCGGGACCAUCAGCAGAUCAAGCAGCACAAAGUCAUUGAACAGGUCAGAUCCAGGAUCGGGUUCCACCAACUCCCCUGUCAUCAUAAAACACAACGACAACAACACUGAAGACCUCAAUGGACAGGAUGAGCCUCCGACGUCUGAGUUUGUGUCCGAUGCGUUCGACCCAUCAACCCUUAACCCUGAGGACUUGGAACGAGAGAUGAGAGAGUUGGGAAUGGAUGGGGGGGAGGGGGAGACAGAGGAAGUACCGGAGUGGGAAAAGGAAUUACAAAAAGAACUUCAGGAUUACGAGGUGGUUGGUGGUGAGAAUAAAGAUGAAACAUGGGAACGCGAGAUCGAAGACAUGUUGUCAACAGAAAACGUGGAAAGCUAAAUAUUUAAACUAAAUAAUAUUUUCUUUAUUAUCUGUUGUUGCUACACCCAUUUGUUUAAGUUCCAUAGAAAUAGUAUUUGAAGCAAAAGUGAAAAGAAUUACAAAAGUUUACCCAGAGUGUAUAUUUGUAACAUAUUAACGCUUGUGGUGGCAUUUGUAACUAUUUCACAUUACAAUAUUUUUAACAAUUAUGGCAGUGCUUCUCUACAUUUUAGUAGUGACAAGUAUUAAGCAAAAGUUAGUAUUAAAUUUAUGAUCCAAUUUCUAAAACUACAUUUCACAAAACUUUUUGAGCUGCUGUAGCAAGCGACCCAAUCAAAUCAAUUUACAGCCCAUGGGUUCAGAAGCACUGCUUUAAUUUUGAAGAGAAAUUUAUUAGUUAUUUCACAGUUUUUACACCAAGCGUCAUACUUGCAUUGUUGUCUUGUCCAUAGAUUAUUAUUUGUAAUAUAUUGACCAAAUAAACGUGCUACGAGCUA